UUUCAAAUGAAUCCUCAACGCCCAAAACAAAAGAUGAGUUCAAGGAUGCUAAGCAGUGAUAUUGCUAAAUGGAUAUCUAAGAGAUGAAAUGACAACGACUCCGAUCUCUCGUCUAACCAAACCUUUGAAGAGAAGCAGAACUUCAUCUGCAGGCUUAUAUCUAACAAGAAGAGUAAGAAGGGUUUCACCAGCCCAGCUAGGAUGCAAAAGAGAAAUAAAGCUAAAACUUCGACAUUUGUUAACAUGAAAUCUCGUAUUCUGUCUGCCGAGAGGACUGGAAGAGGGAAUGGAACUCUAUCACCCCUAUCCACUCAAUCUAAAGAAGACCACUGUUCAACUGCACAAAAAUCACAGUUGCUAUCCAGCACUGUUGAGAGAAAGACUUUGGAUAUGAAGCAGUAUCUCAAUUUUGAUCAUAAAAAAUUCCGUAUGAAUAAGCAGAAUGACCUGGGUAAACCUGUUGCCAAAGAUGCUACCGUACAAAGGAAGCUUCGAGUUUUCAGUCAGGAGCCUCGUAUUAAGACUACAAUUGCAAAUAAAUUGAUGGCAAGAUUUCAGAAAAUCCGGAAAAAUAUUCCUCCAACAACAAAAGCUUCUUCAAAAUCCCGAGUAAACCGAUUCACAAAAAGUAGGUUUGCAGUUGUCCCUCCAAUCGGAGAAAAAGAGCAAAAGACACUUGCUGGCUAUCUUAAUGGUUACAACACCACUAAAACCAUCGGACGCAUUCAGUCUCGUCUUGACAACCAGAGGCAAAGACCAAGCAGAAGAAUGAAUAUGAACAAAAAUGGACUUGUAAGGAUGUCAAACGUGACCUUCAUGAGUGACCAACAGAUCCCUCAAUUUCUCAGCCCAAAACGUUUGGACGGACAAAGUCAUUACAGAUCUUUCCUGAGCCCUUCUUAAUGUUAUCUCACCAAAAUAUGCAAUUAUACUGCCAGCUUUGUUUUAUAAUUAAAAUUCAAUGCUC